AUGCCUGCCAUGUCGCCUACCAUGACAGAAGGUAAUAUCGCGAGCUGGAAAGUCGCUGAAGGUGCUUCCUACGCUGCCGGCGAUGUCAUCCUAGAAAUUGAGACGGAUAAAGCGACUAUGGAUGUCGAGGCGCAAGAUGAUGGUGUCCUUGCAAAGAUCCUAGUGCAGGAUGGAAGUAAAGCGGUGCAGGUCGGAACGUCUAUUGCAGUCAUGGCUGAGCCUGGAGAUGAUUUGGCGAGCUUGAAGAUGCCAGAACGAACAGCUGUGACAGAGAGCAAUAUAGUCAAGUCGGACUCGGCUGUUGAAAAGGCAGAGAAGCCUGUUGAGACGAAGCAAGCAAAUGCGCCUACACCGCAUGUGUCGCAUACCGCGUACGACUCGCUUGUCAACCAGGACGGCUCACCACUCUUACCAUCUGUUAUCGCGACUAUGCGCAAAUUGGGUCUUACAGAGAUCAAGGAUAUCAAGCCAACAGGGCCCAAAGGCCGAUUACUGAAGGGUGACGUGUUGGCCUUUGCCAAGAAGAUUGACCAAGAUGCACCUGCAAAGCUACAACAGGAAGCUGAGAAGCGCGGUAAGCUGGAUCUCAGCAACAUCAAAAAGGCGGCACCGGUACAGAAGCCUGAGACGCAAGCGGCCGCUCAAGCUAUGGAAGUGGAGGAUGACAAGAUUGUUGAGCUGACGAGAUCUGUUGAUUUGUCUGAGCUGAUUCUGCUUGCCGAGAAGCUGAGUGAGGAUUCGCGUGUUCACAUCUCUGUUAAACAACUUGCGGCCAAAGCUGCCCGGCGAGCAUUGCAGGAUGUGCCAGCGUUUGGUCUAACUGAGCGGUCUCAGGAUGACUUGCUAUUUGAUGAGAUUGUGGGAACAUCGGCGUAUAACAAUGCGGUCUAUGAGCCAGAGCCACUUGAAGGCCCUAGUGAACGGCGAGCACUUGACUUGGACGCAUCUGAGUACCUGGAGUCCUCCUUCAUUGAGCUACCAGAACAAGCCAAUAUCGAUGGCAUCCUCUCCCUGCAAGCUGUUCAGGUCGAAGAUCCCCUCGCCUCAGCGCCUGCAAACUACGACAUCCUGGAUUUCCUGGCUGACAAGCCAUUGCCAGCUCCCUCGCAAGCAAUGCAAUCAACGAGUCGCUCAAGUGUUGUUGCCAGCUUGCACUUCAGGGAAGGGUCAAUCAAUCCACGCACCGCGUCCAUCUACCUCGACCGCGUGUCUCAAUAUAUCGAGUCGCCUGUCCAUCUCAUGCUUUAA